AUGGCUAGAAAAAAAAAGGAAAAAGUAAGAACAACUGUGUUACUUUGCUCAAAUUCAACUGGCUCUCACAAACUUUGUCCAUUAGUCAUCGGUACUUCUAAAAAGCCACAAUAUUUUAAUAAAAUAAAUAUUUCUCAAUUACCAGUAAUAUAUAAAAAUAACAAAAAAGCAUGGAUGAGAAAACCACGAAGAAGAUCACGAGGAAGACCACGAAAAAG